CGCGUGCCGCCGCGGCGCCAUCUUGGGAGCGCGACGAGGAGACGCUCUCCGGGAUCGUUCGUCUCUCCCUCGUUUUUCUUCUUAUUUUUACUCGCGUUUGUCGCUCGCGGCCCGGGUGCCAAUUCGGGGAUUGGUUCCGCCGAUCGACUGUCCGUGACUCGAUGUGAGAUUAUUCGGAUCGCUUGACCGAGCGACACCGCGAGGGAAGACGAGGUUAGGAUCCGUUUGCUGUCAUCGCCACGAUGGACCUGUCAAAAGUGUCGAACGAAAAGAAAUUACAUCUCUGCAAAUGGUACUUUCGCGCUGGUUUUGCGCUACUGCCAUUCCUGUGGGCCGUAAACGCAGUUUGGUUCUCAAAAGAGGCUUUUGUAGCACCACCUUAUGAAGAACAGAAGCAGAUCAAGAGAUACGUGAUUUUCUCCGCCAUCGGAGCGAUCCUUUGGACAGCCGCUCUGCUGGCUUGGAUAAUCAUCUUUCAGACCCAAAGAGCCGCGUGGGGUGAAUUCGCCGAUGCUAUUAGCUACAUAAUUCCCACUGGCAUUCCUUGAUACUUCAUAAUGAUACGCAAUAAUUUUUUGCAGAAACAUGUACAUUCAAUAAUUGUAUAUUAAACUUUGUAAUAUAUUUAUGUCAUGAUAUAAUUGUAAGUUCACAUGGUAACAUCUGAUAUUUAGCAUAAUAAAAAAAUAACAUUUUUUUA